GGAAAAGCUAACACCGUGACGCUUUAUAAGAGGGGAAGAAAACAAAAAAAAAGUUUUUGGACCUUUUUUUUUUUUUUUCUGAAAAAGAGAAAAACGUCAUGGAAUACGAAUUACAACAAGAGACAACUGAACAAAAGUUGAUUAACGAGGAAUAUAAACUAUGGAAAAAGAACUCGCCGUUUUUAUACGAUUUACUUGUGACUCAUGCUUUGGAUUGGCCCAGUUUGACAUGUCAAUGGUUUCCCGAUGUUGAAACUCGACCCGAUAAAAACUAUAAAACACAGCGUCUUUUAUUAGGUACACAUACCAACGAUGAAGACCCAAAUUACAUCAUGAUUGCCUCGGUGCAAUUACCCAACGACAAUCAAGAUAUCGAUUUACGCAAAUACGAAGAGUCCACCAACGAGAUUGGCGGGUAUGGUGCUUUUAACGACGCACAUAUCCACAUUACGCAAAAGAUUGUGCACGAGGGAGAAGUGAAUCGAGCACGAUAUCAAUACGAAAACCCCAACAUUAUUGCGUCUAAAUCACGUACAGGGGAUGUCUUUGUCUUUGACCGAACCACGCAUGAAUCUUUCCCCAAGGAAAACGAACCCUUCCACCCCGCACUUCGAUUAAAGGGACAUACACAAGAAGGAUAUGGUUUAGCAUGGAAUCCUCAUAAAUCGAGGUCCAAUCAUUUGAUCAGUGCCGGUUUUGAUGGGUUGAUUGUGCAUUGGGAUAUCGCAGCUGCCUCGAAAGAGAACCGUGUGCUGGAUCCGUUGCAGACCUAUACUGGGCAUACAGCGGGUGUAGAGGAUGUUGCUUGGCAUAUGCGUCAUGAUUCUAUCUUUGCCUCUGCCGGUGAUGAUAAGCGUUUAAUUAUAUGGGAUACAAGGGAGAAAUCCAAUCAUCCGAUUCAUAACGUUGUAGCGCAUGAAGCCGAAGUGAAUUGUGUGGAAUUCAGUCCUGGUAAUGAAUGGAUCCUUGCUACUGGAUCCAGCGACAAGACGGCGGCGUUGUGGGAUCUGAGAAAUUUGAACAACGAAUUACAUGCGUUGAAGGGACAUGAGGAAGAAGUGAUUCAGUUGGCAUGGUCCCCACAUCAUGACGCUGUAUUAGCCACAGCCAGUAAUGAUCGACGUAUCUUUGUUUGGGAUUUAGCUAGAAUCGCCGACGAUCAAUCUGCCAAAGAAGCUCAAGAUGGACCCCCUGAAUUACUGUUUAUUCAUGGUGGACAUACAAAUAAAAUCUCUGAUUUUGGAUGGAACCCUGCCGAGCCCUGGAUGUUGGCAAGUACUGCAGAAGAUAAUAUUGUGGAAACCUGGCAAAUUGCAAGUACAAUUUAUGGACAAGAACAAAUAGACGAAUCAGAUAAAAUGCAACAUUAAAAAUUUAAUAAAAAAAAAAAAAAAAAUUGCCCGUGAUAUUACCAAAGAAAA